UUGAAAUGCACACCUGUGUUACGUCGAGCAGCUGUUUCUUUCGAUUCCGACGGGUGGGAAAAAUUAGCAACCAAUUUUUCCGAAUAUCUGUGAUAACAAGCCGGCAUGUUUCUAGCCAAUUUAUGUCAACACACUCGUUAUGUGCUGCGAAGCCCAAUCAAAUCUCUAGAGUUUGCUCGUAGUAUGAGCGUAAUGGUGAAAUCGCUCAAGUACGCCAAACAUGGCGAACCGGCUGAGGUGAUGGAGAUUGUCGAGGAUCAGCUGCAGCAACCAAAGGAUAAUGAAGUGUUGGUAAAAGUGCUGGCAGCACCCAUUAAUCCCGCAGAUAUAAACACAAUACAAGGUAAAUAUCCAGUUAAACCAAAGUUUCCUGCCGUUGGUGGCAACGAGUGUGUGGCUGAAGUUGUAUCAGUUGGUAAGAAGGUUUCAAAAUUGUCUACGGGACAACAUGUUAUACCUUUCGCCACUGGUUUGGGUACUUGGACUUCCCACGCUAUUUUCGCCGAAGAGCAACUUAUGCCUGUAUCAUCGAAAAUAGGACUUGCCGAAGCUGCCACUCUUACCGUAAAUCCCUGCACAGCCUAUCGUAUGCUGAAGGAUUUUGUAGCUCUCAGUCCAGAUGAUUGUGUUAUACAGAACGGCGCAAAUAGCGCGGUUGGGCAAGCAGUGCAUCAAUUAUGUAAGGCAUGGAAUAUAAAAUCUGUAGGCAUUGUACGGGAUCGUCCAGAUAUUGGACCUUUAAAGAAUUAUUUAAAAUCGCUUGGUGCUACUGAAGUAUUAACAGAAGAAGAAAUACGUUCUAGUCCACUUUUCAAAGAGAAACAUUUGCCCCGACCGCGCUUAGCGCUGAACUGUGUCGGUGGUAAAAGUGCGACUGAGGUGUCGCGGCAUUUGGCCGACAAAGGUGUUAUGGUGACCUAUGGGGGUAUGUCGCGUGAGCCGGUUGUUGCUAGUACAGCGGCUCUGAUCUUUAAAGAUAUAGCAUUCCGUGGUUUCUGGAUGACUCGUUGGACAAAGGAAAAUUUCGACUCACCACAGCGUACACAAAUGUUCAAUGAAUUAUGUGGAAUGAUUGAGGAAGGUAAAUUCGUUGCACCGGUACAUGAGAUGGUACCAUUUGAACAGUUCAAGGAAGCAAUGGCGGCCGCUCUAAACUUCAAAGGAUUCACUGGCAAGAAAUUCAUAUUGGAUAUGCAAAAUUAAUCAAAUUAAAUAUGUGUCUAUUGUUAUGUUUGUUUUGGGAACUUUAAAAUUUAAUUUUUUCUAAUAAAAAAUUGUAUGGGCUACAGAAAAUUAA